GGUGCCGUGCGUUUUGGUUCCGGAGUAACAGUGGCCUCGCCGCGCCUUCCUCCUCCUCUUACCGCCGCAGCUGCCACCGCCGCCGCCGGAACGUUCGGCCUGCGGCGGCCGGGGCUGAGCCCGUGCGCGCCGCGCCCUCUGACUCGGGGUGGGGAACAGGACUCGCUCCCCGACCCUCCCGCGGAAGGCCCUCCUCAGCUUUCGCGUGGUCUGGGGACCCCGGGGCUCCUUCCAAACAGCCCCCGACCGAGUCCCCUUCAGUCGGGGACCCUCCUCUCUCCACUGAGGAGGAGUGGACACCUACCGCUCUGCCUCCCUAAAACAGGGUCGUCUCCUCACACCCACCCAGACGGCAGAGAGCUUCACGAUCCCGUUUCGCCCAGUUUUCCAACUCCAGAACCUUCUGACCUACGUUAGUUCCUACCGGCCCCUGCCUCCUGCCCCGUGCAUGCUCACGGGGAGGCAGCCUAGACCCCAUACACCCUGGGUCUGGCUCGGUGCCUGCGGGCUCCUUCCCGACCACCCCUCCUCUCUUUACUCCCCCUGACCCUCUGUCCUCUUCCGCUCCGUCCCCUUGUCACCUCUUGGAGCCGUCGCUUAACCAGGAUCCAGUGGGUACCUCCUACCCCAGGAUGUGAGCCCCUGUAACCUGUAAUGCUGUGGCUGGCCCUUGGCCCCUUCCAUGCCAUGGAGAACCAGGUGCUGGUGAUUCGUAUCAAGAUUCCAAAUAGUGGCGCAGUGGACUGGACAGUGCACUCCGGACCGCAGUUACUCUUCAGGGAUGUGCUGGAUGUGAUAGGCCAGGUUCUGCCUGAAGCAACAACCACAGCAUUUGAAUAUGAAGAUGAAGAUGGUGACCGAAUUACAGUGAGGAGCGAUGAAGAAAUGAAGGCCAUGCUGUCCUAUUAUUAUUCCACAGUAAUGGAACAGCAAGUAAAUGGACAGUUAAUAGAGCCUCUGCAGAUAUUUCCAAGAGCCUGCAAGCCUCCUGGGGAACGGAACAUACAUGGCCUGAAGGUGAAUACCCGGGCUGGACCCUCUCAACACGGCAGCCCAGCGGUCUCCGACUCACUUCCAAGCAAUAGCUUAAAGAAGUCUUCUGCCGAACUGAAAAAAAUAUUAGCCAAUGGCCAGAUGAAUGAACAAGACAUACGGUAUCGAGACACUCUUGGCCAUGGCAACGGAGGCACAGUCUACAAAGCAUAUCAUGUCCCGAGUGGGAAAAUAUUAGCUGUAAAGGUCAUACUACUAGAUAUUACACUGGAACUUCAGAAGCAAAUUAUGUCUGAAUUGGAAAUUCUUUAUAAGUGUGAUUCAUCAUAUAUCAUAGGGUUUUAUGGUGCAUUUUUCGUAGAAAACAGGAUUUCAAUAUGUACAGAAUUCAUGGAUGGGGGAUCCUUGGAUGUAUAUAGAAAAAUUCCAGAGCAUGUCCUUGGAAGAAUUGCAAUAGCAGUUGUUAAAGGUCUUACCUAUUUGUGGAGUUUAAAGAUUUUACAUAGAGAUGUGAAGCCCUCCAAUAUGCUAGUAAACACAAGAGGACAGGUCAAGCUGUGCGAUUUUGGAGUUAGCACUCAGCUGGUGAAUUCUAUAGCCAAGACGUAUGUUGGAACAAAUGCUUAUAUGGCGCCUGAAAGAAUUUCAGGGGAGCAGUAUGGAAUCCAUUCUGAUGUCUGGAGUUUAGGAAUCUCUUUCAUGGAGCUUGCUCUUGGGAGGUUUCCAUAUCCUCAGAUUCAGAAAAACCAGGGAUCUUUAAUGCCUCUCCAGCUUCUGCAGUGCAUUGUUGAUGAGGAUUCGCCCGUCCUUCCGGUUGGAGAGUUCUCCGAGCCAUUUGUACAUUUCAUCACUCAGUGCAUGCGAAAACAACCAAAAGAAAGACCAGCACCUGAGGACCUGAUGGGCCACCCGUUCAUCAUGCAGUUCAAUGACGGAAACGCCACCGUGGUGUCCAUGUGGGUGUGCAGGGCGCUGGAGGAGAGGCGCAGCCAGCAGGGGCCUCCGUGACGCAGCAGAGGGGUGCUGACAGCCCAGGACUGGUCACCAAGGGGACAACCCACCCACUGCACCCACUUUCUGUUUGCUGUCUGCACCAGAAGAGCUUUGCUGGGCCCGGCUUCCCUGCUCUCACCUUUCACUCUGCUGGCAGAUGGCCUAGCCUAGGGAGCCUUCCGGAGUGGCCAGCCUUUGCCCCCUCUGGUCUGGAGGCACUGACUGGGGGUGGGCAGAGGGAUGGGGGUAUCAAGAACCGGCUUCGGUGCCCCUGCCCCUCUUUUUUCCUCACGUUUUUCUUUGUAAAGGGUCAGGCCCCGUCAGCAUGACUGAUGGGAAUAAAGGUAUUACUGCUUCGUGA